AUUGUCAAACCCGUUUAUUUUUGUUCUCACGAACAAUAAAAUGCGGCUAAGUCGAAAUCACGCCGUUAUUUAAAUUACGCCGCGGUUUGUGUUACACCACCGUCGAAAUUGUUCAAGGUCAAUUUAUAAUAAGGUACCAUGCCUAACACUAGGAAAAAAGUGAUCAAAACGGUGUAUAAGGAUGAGGACAGUGAAGUAGAAGACGGUGAUUUUAGUGAUUCUGGUUCAGAUGCCAAAUUUUCACCUGAAGAUGAGUCAAGCUCAGAGGAAGAAGCGCCCGGCGUUCCUUCAUCUGGAGAAGAGUUUGACAAAGAAGCCAGCGCUAAACAAAGAAAACCUAAGGCUAAGAAGUUGAGUUUGAGUAGGAAACCAAAAUUUGCACAAACAAUAAUCCAAAAAAUAAAUAAACAAACAUCGGCCGAAGAUGAAAAUGAAGACGAUGUACUUCCAACUUCGCAGUUCUCAGUCAAAGACUUAACAGAAGCAGACAAAAUAUUACCAAAAUUUAAUUUUUCUGAACUUAAUUUGUCAGAAAGUGAUAGCAGUGAUGAUGAAUCUCAAAAAAUCUCGAAAAAGCAACCUAUUACCUCAGUACCUUACAAAGAACCUGAACAAGUUUCAACCAGUGAUAAUGAGACUGCUAUGGAAUACAAAGAUGUGUGGUCGAAUAACAUACAAGAUAACAGUGAAGAAAUUGCCAAAAGGGCAUUUUUGGAACUUGAACAGCAUAAAUCUAAAAUUGAAGAGACCAAGGCAUCACUUCUGAGCUAUGCACAAAAACUUAAUGAGGCUCAGAAAGAAACAGAUGUCAAAGACCUUUUAGCACUUGGUGAGGAGGCUAUAACUAAGGAACCUACAACAAGUACUGUUAAGAAAAAAACUAUAUCUAAGAAAAAGAAAGAAGACAGUGAUUCUGAACUAGAGGACUGGGAAGAAGUCAAAGAAUCAAAAGGAAUAUCACCACAAGGCCUACAACUGUUUGUUGAAUUCCCUGAUGCUGGAUGCAGAAAAAGUAAAAAAGUUGAUGUUGAAAUGAUGAUGAAGAGGAAAAUAAACAGAGUUAAAAAAGAAUAUCAAGUAUACAUGCAUAAAGUACAUGUGUUGUGUUGGCUAGGACAUGGCAAUUUUGUAAGUCGUGUUUUAAAUGAUCAAGAACUUAUGGCAGCUGUUUUAACAUUGGUUCCAUCCAAAGAAUGCUAUCCUGGAGAAAGAGUUGACAUGAAAUAUGUUGAACAAAUUACAACCUGGUAUAAAGACAAACUUAAAAUGAAGCAAGACAAAAAUGAAGAUAAAUUCAAACCGAAAGCCCCACCUCUUAAAGUACUUAUGUUGAAUCAAAUUAAAAACAAAACAGUUACUUCAAAAAAAUACUUAGUUUUUAUAUUUGUCGUAAUGUUACGGGCAUUGGGUCUUCAAUGUCGUGUUAUGUUCAACUUCGUAACACUGCCUAAGAAACCACCUAGUUCCGAACUAUGCUCACUUUCUACAAAGCCAAAAGAAGAGAAAAAGAGUACUUCUAAAGCUAAGGCAGGCACCUCUGAAACGAAGGCAAGUACUUCUAAACCUAAGGCAGACGCCCCUGAAACUAAAGCAGACAUAUCUAAAACUAAGCCCACAAAUACCAAGAAAAAUGAAAAACAAGAACAAAAGCCUGGUCCCUCCCAUUCUAAACCAAAAAAGAAAAAGGUUGCUCAAGUAGAUGGUUGUGAUGAUAGAUUCUUUGAUAGUGAGGAUGAGAAUAUAAUGCAAGUUGAUGGGAAUGAUGACGGUGAUCGUAAAACAAGGUCUAGUAAAAGAACAAAAACAAGUGAAAAGACUACAGAAAAAUCAGAAAAUGAGGAAAUAUCGCCUCCUAAAAUACCAAAGAAAGAUACAAAUAGCACAUCACCACUUCAACCAACCUUAAAAAAAGAUGAAAGUAAAUUAAGUCAUGACAAAAAGCAAGCACAAGAUAGAAAUAAAUCACAGGAUGCAACUAAAGGUACUAAAGAACCAAGACAGUCUUUAAAUCGUAGAGAAAAAAUUGAAGAAGGUAAAAUAUCUCCAGCAAAAAAUUUGAUACCACCUAGGAGUUUAACUCGUAGGCAAAAGUUAAAAGCUGAAACUAGUCAAAACAUAUCACAAGCUGAAGAAAUUUCAACAACUAAAAGUGUAACUAGAGGACAAACGACAAAAACUAAAAUCAGUAAAACUUUGUCGCCAACUAGUAAAGAUAAAGACCAAGAAUUUAAUAUUCCUCCUAAUCCUAAAACAAGAACACAAAGGGGUAAACAGAACACCGAGAACAUUACUAAUGUGCCGAAAAUAUCUGUAACAGAUGAGAAUGCUAAAGAAGUAGCAAGUAAAUAUUUUGAAGAUACAAAACCUAAAACCAGCAGGCUAUCAAGAAAACGUUCACAAACAACUAAUCCUAAAAGCUUACUAACUACAAGUGAAGAGGAAGAUAAGGGAAAAGUUUCUAAACCAAAUGCUAGAACACAGAGUGCUCCUGGCAUUUCUAUGGAAAAAAGCAAAUAUUUUGAAAGUCCAACUAAAAAGAGCCCUCUUAAAAGAUCUGCAAGACAAAUGAAACAAGAAAUUAAAGCUGAAGACAGUCAACGAGUAAGUCACAGAGAUCUCGCGAAAAGUAAGAAAGGAAAAGGUGAUGUCACUGCAGACCUGGUGAACAUUAUAAAAAGUAGAGUUAAAGAUGCCAAGUUACAAUCAAAGCAAGGAUUAGUGAAAGGUAAGAUUAAAAAGGAAUCUGAUGAAGAUAGCGAUUAUUUACCAGUGGAAGACCCUAAAAAGCUUGGGUCUGACAGUGAUGAUGACUUUAAAGAAACAAAAAUAAGUCCCAGACCCAGCACCAGUCGUAAAAUAGAUCGACGAGUGUUGUCCUCUAACUCCGGCGACGAACCGAGCAAGAAGAAAGGAGUAGAUGUGUGGUGUGAAAUAUUUGUAGAAGAGUUGGAACAAUGGAUUUGUGUCGAUGUCAUCAAAGGAAAAGUACAUUCUGCAGGUGACAUUUAUAAUAAUGCCACUCACCCAAUAUGCUACAUUGUUGGAUGGGACAACAAUAACUAUGUAAAAGAUUUAACCCGUAAAUAUGUUCCCCACUGGAACACUAUAACUCGCAAACUUCGCGCUGAACCUAGUUGGUGGGAAACUGCAUUAAAACCUUGGCGAGGACCGAGGACUGCAAGAGAUAGGGAGGAAGAUGAAUACUUGGAUAAAAUGCAGUUAGAAGCACCUUUACCUAAAAGUAUUUCUGAAUACAAAAAUCACCCACUGUACGCAUUAAAGAGACAUUUACUAAAGUUCGAAGCAAUUUAUCCGCCUGACGCAGCAGUACUAGGAUACGUCCGCGGCGAAGCAGUGUACGCGCGAGAAUGUGUGUAUGUUUGCCGGUCAAGAGACAUAUGGCUCAAGGAAGCUAAAGUUGUUAAGCUAGGAGAGAAGCCCUAUAAGAUUGUAAAAGCACGACCCAAGUGGGAUAGGCUGUCAAAUAAAAUGGUAGACGGCAGACUUCUGGAAAUAUUUGGACCGUGGCAAGUGCAAGAUUAUGAACCACCGACAGCAGAGAAUGGCAUUGUACCCCGGAAUGCAUAUGGCAAUGUGGAACUCUUUAAAGAUUGUAUGUUACCCAAAGGAACUGCUCUUAUCAAAUUGCCUAAUUUAAUGAGAGUUGCAAAGAAGCUGAAUAUAGAUUGCGCCCCAGCUAUGACUGGUUUCGAGUACAAUGGUGGCUAUUCACACCCUGUAUACGACGGGUUCGUGGUUUGCAAGGAAUUUGAGGAGAUUAUCACAGAGGCCUGGCUGAAGGAUCAAGAAGAACAAGAACUUAAGGAAAUACAAAAGAUAGAAGCACGAGUUUAUGGUAACUGGAAGCGUUUGAUCAGGGGGCUGAUGAUUCGUGAGCGUCUUAAGAUGAAAUAUGGGUUCGAGGAGCCCAGCACAUCAGAAACCACAAAAAAGUCCAAAGGACCAAGAUUGGUUGUGAAGAAAAAAUCAUGAGAAAGUAUUUUACACUCUUUAAUUUAAUUUAAAAUUACAUCUAAAUGCAUGAAAACGUUACAAAAGAAAAUGCCCAAUGAUAAAAUGGAUAAUGUGAUGUGAUUACUUUACAUUGGAUGUGAGAGUUUCAUAACAUGGUUUGCAUGAUAGUAUUAAUGUUGUU